GGGGUGGGACUUAAUGACUAACCUGAAGCCCAGCCAAUUGGCACUUGUGAUGGAUGCAGAUUGACCAAUGGGUUUUUUAAAUUGACAUAUUUCAGGCGACAAACAUUUCGGUGUCUAUUGGUUCUGUAAAUAAUAUUUAUUCCUCUCGCUAUAAGGCCUGAUUUCGUUUUUGUCGGUCAGUAUUUAAUAGUAUAGUCAAAGAGUCGUUCAGAAAAAUAGUUAUCUACAUUAAAUGCCGUAGAUAACAGGCUCUGUGUUGCAUGGGGACAGCUAGCUAGCCAAUCUAGCUAUUUUGGCUAGCUAAUUUCGAGGCUGUCAUAUCAGUUUUCAGCUGGUUUGCUAUCAACAAACUAGCCAGUUAAUUGUACAAACGUAUCACAACCUCAGCUACGAAAGGACAACAUUGGAAUGAGCAGGUGACAUCUCACUCCAGCACCGAACUGACGUUUGAAUAAGGUCCUACGACGUACAUUGGGGCAUGCAGGCUGACAGUUGAGACCGUUAUGAGGGCACACCAGGCCAGCAGGAGCCUGUGAACGGCCAUAACACCCUCUGUCUACUCUCUAACCAGACAACCUUCCCCUCAGGUGGUAGGCCUAGUUUCUCUCUCACCCUUGCUAUGCCCCUGUCACUGCUUUGGGGAUAGAGGAACGUCCAUAAAGGGAAGAGAGAGGGGCUUCAUAUUGGGUUAGUUAGACAGGCGGACCCUGUAUUUCCCCCUGCUAUGCCCCAGUUGCCCCAGCCCCUAAAGCCAUGAGCUCUGCCCUGUGGAGCCAGGAGAAGCCCAGUGGCGGCUUCAGGGAGGACUGGCGCUUCUACAUGGUGGUCAAGGAGUGUACAGUGGAGAAGCCCCCCCAGAAGACCCUGAGGAUCCCCCGGGGCAGCCUGGGACAGGCCUGCCAGGAGAGGAACAGCCUGGGGCGCACGCUGCCCCCCAGCAAGGGCAAGAGGAGCAUACGCAUCCUGGACCAGACCAACGUGGUGCUGAGCCUGGAUGAGCGGGACGUCCUGGAGCUGGAUGAGAAGCUAGCUGAGCUGCUGUUCCCCAUCACCAACUGUGAGGAGCGCUAUGCCCUGCUGUGCAACAAGCCCAGGCUGGAGCGGGCCAGAGACAUCGACUGUGGCUCCAAGGUGCGCGUGCAGCUGCGUUCGGGGGAUGAACCGUUGCCCGGGGUAGUCCGAUUUAAAGGAUCUCUCCUCCCAGACAGGGCUCUCUCCGGGGUCUGGUUUGGAGUGGAGCUGCUGGAGGAGGGCAGAGGCCAGGGCUUCACAGAGGGCUCCUACCAAGGCCGGCAGCUGUUCCGCUGUGAGGAUGAGUGCGGGGUGUUCGUGGCCCUGGACAAGCUGGAGCUGUGGGAUGACGAGGAAGAGGAGCUGGGAGAGCUAGAGGUGGAUCACGUCACCCUGGUGGAGGAGGAGAUGGAUUUCCAUCAGCUGGAGAUCAACUCCAGGGUCCUUGUCCAGACCAGAGAGGGGCCGGAGAGAGGAACCAUAAUCUUCUGUGACCUGCUGCCUGGGAACGAGAGCCUGGGGUAUUAUGUGGGAGUAGACAUGGACAAUCCUAUUGGGGACUGGGAUGGUGUUAUCGAUGGGAAGCUGCUGUGUAAUUUCGCCAGUUUGGAACACACCCGUCUAGUCCCCAUCUGUGACGUAAUGCCAGAGUACUCCAUGCAGGACCAGAGGCUGCAGAAGCACAGUUUUACCCCCAGAGGCAGCAGCAGUGACAAGUCCUCUGGCCAAAGCAAACCAAAGAGCAAAGGCUUAGGUCUUCAGUGUGGGAGUAGAAGCAAGUCAGAGUUGUAUUAUACUUUAAAUGGCAGCUCUGUUGACCACCCAGUCCAGGCCAAAUCCAAAAGCACAUGGUACAUUGAUGAAGUCGGGGAGGACCCUGCCAAGUCCCUCACAGACACGCCCCCUGACUUCAAUGAAGCCACACCUCCUACCAGGGCCCCGCCCUCUGCUUCCUUGUCCAAUGACAACAAGUUCCAUUCCCUGCCCUUCAGCCUGAGCCGUAAGACGGGGCCCAAUGGCAGCAUGAGCCAUGGACCCCUCUCCCUCUCCGUGCAGUCAGUGAUGGGAGAGCAGAUGCAGAUGCCAGAGCCCCCAUCCCCUACCCCUCCCUCUCCGCAGCCCCCCUCACCUCCCAGCUCUCGCGGGGGUGGGGGAGUGCCUGGUCUGGAGGUGGGGUCCCUGGUGGAGGUGAAGGAGAACCCGCCCCUGUGUGGGGUCAUCCGCUGGGUGGGCCUGCCCCCAGGACUACCAGAGCCACUGGCUGGCCUGGAGCUGGAGGAAGAGUGUGUUGGCUGUACAGACGGCACCUUUCAAGGUACCCGCUACUUCAGCUGCGCGCCCAAGAAGGCCCUGUUUGUGAAGCUGAAAUGCUGCCGUCCGGACUCCCGUUUCCCCUCCCUACACCACUCCUCCAACCCCAUCGAGAGAUGCAACUCUAUCGCUUUCGGGGGUUAUCUGAGUGAGGUGGUGCAUGAGAACACUCCUCCACGCACUGAGAAUGACGGUCUAGACAUCAUGGUGGGCAAGAAGAAAGGUAUCCAGGGACACUACAACUCCUGCUACCUGGACUCCACACUCUUCUGCCUGUUUUCCUUCAGCUCAGUCCUGGACACAGUUCUGCUGAGGCCGAGGUCCAAGACUGACGUAGAGUAUUACCGAGAGACACAGGAGCUGCUACGCACAGAGAUAGUCAACCCCCUGCGCAUACAUGGCUAUGUGUGUGCCACUAAAGUGAUGAAGCUCAGAAGGAUACUGGAGAAGGUAGAAGCUGCCUCAGGGUUCACGUCUGAAGAAAAAGAUCCUGAGGAGUUCCUCAAUAUUCUGUUCCAUCACAUAUUGAGGGUGGACCCCUUACUCAAGCUGAGGUCGGCAGGUCAGAAGGUUCAGGACUGCUACUUCUACCAGAUCUUCAUGGAUAAGAAGGACAAAGUGGGCGUGCCAACCAGCCAGCAGCUCUUAGAGUGGUCCUUCAUCAACAGUGACCUCAAGUUUGCUGAGGCUCCUUCCUGCCUUAUCAUCCAGAUGCCUCGCUUUGGGAAGGACUUCAAGAUGUUCAACAAGAUCUUCCCCUCACUGGAGUUAGACAUCACAGACUUACUUGAAGACACUCCCAGGGAGUGUCGAAUCUGCGGGGGUCUGGCUCUGUAUGAAUGCAGGGAGUGCUACGAGGACGGUGACAUCACUGCCGGGAAGAUAAAACAGUUCUGUGAAAAGUGCAAUACACAGGUUCACCUCCACCCGAGGAGGAAGGCCCAUCGCCACGGCAAGUUGUCCGUCCCCAAGGAACUGCAGGAGGGUGUGUGGCGGCAGGGUAGCUACCCUCGUCAGCGGAUGGAGCUGUUCGCCGUGCUCUGCAUAGAGACCAGUCACUACGUAGCGUUCGUCAAGUACGGCCACCAAGACUCCGCAUGGCUCUUCUUCGACAGUAUGGCCGACCGCGACGGAGGGCAGAAUGGCUUCAACAUCCCCCAGGUGUCUCCAUGUCCGGAGGUGGGGGCCUAUCUGAAGAUGACCCCAGAGGAGCUGCACGCCCUGGACCCCAAGAGCAUCCAGGGCCAGGCCCGCCGUCUGCUGUGUGACGCCUACAUGUGCAUGUACCAGAGCCCCACCAUGAGCCUGUACAAGUAGAGCCCCUGGAGCAGGAGACUCUGACAGACAGACGGGAGAGCUGCAGUCCAGGGCUCCCUCCCUGUGUCCCCACCUCCUCCUCAAUGCCUGCCCCUGUCUCCUCAGUCUACUCUGCCCAAAGUGAAGAGAAUAUAAAA